UCCUCCUCCUCCUCCUGUCCCUCCUCCUCUCCGUCGCUGCCAGUCGCUCCUCAGGCCGCGGUGGGGAGCGUUUAUUCCCCGCUGUCGGCGUUUAGCAGAUGGGUGUCUCGGCCUGAGCCUCAGCCAGGAGGAAGAGGAGGAGGAGGAGGUGGAGGACAGAGAUGAACGCUCACCCGUGUGCCCGCAGGCUGGCUCGCCGCUCCGGCUCCGCGCUGCUGCUCGCCGCCGUGGCCGUGCUGCUGCUCCAGACGCUGGUGGUGUGGAACUUCAGCAGCCUGGACUCUGGAGCCACGAGCCGGGAGAAGAGAGAGGAGCGAGCCGGGGAGCCGAACAAAGCCGCCGCCGGUGCUGGUGGCGGACAGCAGCAGCAGCAGCGGCGGCGGAGGAGGAGUGACCCGGCUGCUGGGCUCCAGCUGCAGGCGCAUCGUCAGAAAGACAAACUGCGUCUGGACAGCAACAACAACGAGAACUCCGUCCCCAAAGACUUUGACUCUGUGGACAGCAACAGUAACCUCGGCGCGCGCUCCCAGCACCAGCGAGUGUCCACCGGAAACGCCAAAAAUCAGCCGGACAAAGUGCAGAGCGACGACGUCCUCAAGUCGUCUCCCGUCCAAACCAGAGGGCUCGCCCACAACCGCAGUCACGCCCACCUCCACAAACCACACCCCCAGGCACCGACACCGAUGAAAAUGGCGGCCGGUCUGGUGCCGAAGAAAGAGUGGCAACAGUGUGAGGUCAGCGGGAAAGAGGCCAUUUCUGCUCUGUCCCGAGCCAAGAGCCGCGAGUGUCGGCAGCAGAUCGUGGAAGUUUACUGCAAACACAAGGAGAGCACGCUGAUGCCUGAGAAGGUGCCUCGCUACUGCCCCACAGAGGGUAAGGCUAACGUGAACGCGCCGUGGGACGAGGGACCCUCGGUCACUUCCCAGCUUGUGCCGGUGCGGAUCGCCUUCGUGCUGGUCGUCCACGGCCGAGCAUCGCGUCAGUUCAUGCGUCUCUUCAAAGCAAUCUACCACACGUCACACUACUACUACAUCCAUGUUGACAAGCGGUCCAACUUCCUCCAAAGAGAGAUCCUUUCUCUGGCCGGCCAGUAUCCAAAUGUGCGGGUCACACCUUGGCGAAUGGCCACCAUCUGGGGAGGGGCCAGUUUGUUGACCAUGUAUCUGCGCAGCAUGGAGGACCUACUCAAAAUGGCUGACUGGUCCUGGGACUUCUUCAUCAACCUGAGUGCUGCAGAUUACCCCAUUAGGACCAACGAUCAGCUGGUGGCUUUCCUGUCAAAGUACCGCAACAUGAACUUCAUCAAAUCUCACGGCAGAGACAACGCACGUUUCAUCCGUAAACAGGGUCUGGACCGUCUCUUCUAUGAGUGCGACACACACAUGUGGCGUCUCGGCGAUCGCAAGAUCCCAGAGGGCAUCGCGGUGGACGGAGGCUCUGAUUGGUUCCUGCUCAGCCGGCCCUUUGUGGAUUACGUGGUCAACUCUAGAGACGAGCUGGUCGGCAGCAUGAAGCGCUUCUACUCCUACACACUGCUGCCCGCAGAGUCCUUUUUCCACACUGUGCUGGAGAACAGCGCCCUCUGUGGGACCAUGGUGGACAACAACCUGCGUCUCACUAACUGGAACCGCAAACUGGGCUGCAAAUGCCAGUACAAGCACAUCGUGGACUGGUGCGGCUGCUCGCCCAACGACUUCAAACCUGCAGAUCUGCCGCGAUUCCAGCAAGUGUCCAGACCCACCUUCUUCGCCAGGAAGUUUGAGGCCAGCGUGAGUCAGGAGAUCAUCAACCAGCUGGACUCGUACCUGUUUGGCGCGUACGCGUCGGGAACGCCGGGCCUACGAGCGUACUGGGAAAACAUCUACGAGCAGGACACGGACGGACCCGCCAGCCUGUCGGACUCCGCGCUCAGUCACUACCACGCCUUCGCCCGCAUGGGAUUAUCACGCGCUGCACGCUCGCUGCAGGGCCGUCCCAGCGACGACAGCUGCAGGUACGUGGCCAUGAGCCACCCAGUCUCGGUCCACCUCUACUUCCUGUCAGACCAGUUUCAGGGCUACCUUGUGCGUCAUGUGGCCACGAACCAAGCCUCCACCCAGCUGGAGACCCUGGAGACCUGGGUUACACCCAGAGACCACUUCAGCCUGGCCAGCCCCCCCCAUCCAACCAACAGACUGCAGCAUGUCCAGGUGGGGACAGAUUGGGAUCCUAAGGAGCGUCUCUUCAGGAAUUGGGGGUGUCUUCUGGGACCCGAGGACGAGCCUGUGGCUGUGCAGCGCUGGAGCCGAAGCCAGAGCAACCUGACGGCUACCGUGGUGUGGAUCGACCCCACCAACGUCAUCGCUGCCACGUACGACAUCCUGGUAGACGCUUCUGCCGAGGUCACCCACUAUAGACCGCCGCUGAACCUGCCACUGAGGCCCGGCAUGUGGACACUGAGGGUGCUGCACCACUGGAGCCUGCUGGGCCAGACCAGUUUUACCGUGGCCCCACUGGAGUUUCACCGACAACAGCCCGUACGACACGACGACGCUCGGCGGCUUCACGCCGGCCCGUCCAGAAACUCCUACAUGGAGCAGAGUUUCCACGGCCUCAACCCCGUUCUGCGUCUGCCCGUCAGCCUCAGCGCUGUGGAGGAGGCCGAGGCCAACGCCGGCCUGACGGGGGCACCACUGCGUCACUGGCUCGACCCUUUACUGGAAGGUCACUGGUCGGCGUCGGACAUCUGCUCCGUGGGCCACAGCGCCUGUCCCAUCAUGCAGCGGUGCGGCCUCACCGCCUGGAGCUCCACGAGCCCCGACCCCAAAUCUGCAGUGACCACGCCCAGAGAGGACGGACGCAUCAGGUAGCGGACGGAGUAAAAAAAGACUGAGGGGACGGAGGAGAGGACAAAUGAGUCGUAUUUAUUUAUUUAUCGAUGGCGAGUGCCGGUGAAAGAAAAGGAGGCGAAGACGCUGUCGUCUUUCGGUGCUGGUGUCACUGGUGGGCGGGACUACAAACAUGUGAGUGAGUGUGUGUGUGUGUGUGUGUCUUUGUGGGGACAUUUUGGCUUUUUCAGGGUUAAGAUGUGGUUUUAGGGGUAGGAUUAGGCACCUAGGUGUGAUUAAGGUUAAGUUAAGUUAAGUGGCCACAUUCCUCGCUCUGUUCACAGAUGACGUGAUGGAAACUAAUACAGGAAGUGCCGCACAUGAACAGGAAGUCGGGCCCGAGUUGGCUCCACAUUAAAAAAAAAGGUCUAAAGGAAACGUGUUAUGUCUGUGAAUGUCCCCACAAAGAAUACUGUGCAAACAAGUGUGUGUGUGUGUAUUUGUGAGGACCAAAACAAUCUUGCGGACCAUAGAAAGUGUGUGUGUGUGUGUGUGUGUGUGUGUGUGUGUGUGUGUGUGUGGUCUCCUGUUGUUUUACUUGUUAAAAACAAACAUCUAUCAGAGUAAUUUAUUCAGACAUUUAUACAGAAAGUAAUUAUAAAAAUUAUUAUUAUUGUAACCAUUAUUUUCUGAUGCUGGUCUGUGGCUCUGCUGUGGGCCGUCCUCAAUGACCUUUGACCUCAAUCUGAUUUACGACCAGUGUUAAAGCUGCAGUAUGUAACUUGUUGUUAUUUUUACUCUGCUUUCCGUUUGUUCUUCCUGAAUAGAGACGAUUCCCUCGUCUGAAACCAAGCACAACUACCAGACCUGACCGGAGGGAGCGUUUGUGUAUACAGCAGCAGAGCGGGGACGAGUUUCUCUCGUCAAACUGCUGAACCACCAGGGUUUUUGGACUGUUUUCCUUUUUUAGCAGUUUUACGUCACAUCAUUCAAAAGAAAGGGAAAUUAUUUUAUUUUAAGAUCCAUUUCAUGUUUAACAUGUGACAAGUGAGUGGAUGUAAAUGUCAUGUGACACGUUUAAAAAAAAAAGUGGGGAAACGGUGGAUAAACUUUUAAGAAAUUGUUUUGUAUUUUUUCAUCUGCUGUUUAUUUUUUUUAACCAGGGUUUUUCCUUCUCCCAGUCUCCGCUCUGAGCUCGUGUUGUGCCUUAGCUGUCGUAGCUCCUUUUUAAGGAAAUCCUGAUGAAAAGAUGAAAAGUGUCCAAAAGUAAAAGAGAAGAAAAAACAACGGUUGUAAACGCCUUACACUGGACACUGGUGGUUUUUGAAAUACAACAUUUUUGAGAAUAAAAACAGAAUCUG